GUUUGACGUCAGUGGGGAGUUAAUUUUAAAUCGGUACAAGAUGGCGGAGGGGGACGAGGCAGCGCGGAGGCAGCAGCCGCACCAGGGGCUGCGGCGCCGGCGGAGGACCAGCGACCCAAACACCGGGGUUAACCACGUCUCGUCCACGACCUUCCUAGGUGAGAAUCAUGAAGAUGAUGACCUAGUAAACUCUGAUGAGGUUAUGAAGAAACCAUGUCCAGUACAGAUUGUUCUUGCUCAUGAAGAUGACCAUAACUUUGAGCUCGAUGAAGAAGCUUUGGAGCAGAUAUUGCUACAGGAACACAUACGAGAUCUUAACAUAGUAGUGGUAUCCGUGGCAGGAGCUUUUCGUAAAGGGAAAUCAUUUCUACUGGACUUCAUGCUUAGAUAUAUGUAUAACAAGGAUUCUCAAAGUUGGAUUGGUGGAAACAAUGAACCGUUGACUGGCUUUACAUGGCGAGGUGGUUGUGAAAGAGAAACAACAGGCAUACAAGUCUGGAAUGAAGUAUUUGUGAUUGACAGACCUAAUGGAACAAAAGUGGCUGUGCUGCUAAUGGAUACCCAGGGUGCCUUUGAUAGCCAGUCAACUAUCAAAGACUGCGCAACGGUAUUCGCUCUGAGCACCAUGACUAGCUCGGUCCAGGUGUAUAAUUUGUCUCAGAAUAUUCAAGAAGAUGAUCUUCAACACUUGCAAUUAUUUACAGAGUACGGCAGACUUGCGAUGGAAGAAAUCUACCAGAAACCAUUUCAGACAUUAAUGUUUUUGAUUCGAGAUUGGAGUUAUCCUUAUGAACAUUCAUACGGUUUGGAAGGUGGAAAACAAUUCCUUGAAAAGAGAUUGCAGGUAAAACAAAAUCAACAUGAAGAGCUACAGAAUGUAAGGAAGCACAUUCACAAUUGUUUCUCAAAUCUUGGUUGCUUCCUUUUGCCACAUCCUGGUCUUAAAGUUGCAACUAAUCCUAGUUUUGAUGGGAGAUUGAAAGAUAUUGAUGAAGACUUUAAGCGAGAGCUUCGAAAUCUGGUUCCAUUGCUGCUUGCCCCUGAGAAUUUGGUAGAAAAAGAGAUAAGUGGAUCUAAAGUCACUUGUAGAGAUCUUGUAGAAUACUUUAAGGCUUACAUUAAGAUUUAUCAAGGAGAGGAACUUCCACAUCCAAAGUCCAUGCUUCAGGCAACAGCUGAAGCUAAUAAUCUUGCUGCGGUAGCAGGAGCAAGAGAGAUCUAUUGCAAAAGUAUGGAGCAGGUAUGUGGUGGGGACAAGCCUUACAUUGCACCUUCAGAUCUGGAGCGAAAACACCUGGAUCUCAAGGAAGUGGCGAUUAAACAGUUUCGUUCAGUAAAAAAAAUGGGCGGAGAUGAAUUCUGCCAUCGUUAUCAGGACCAGCUUGAAGCUGAAAUUGAAGAAACCUAUGCAAACUUGAUAAAGCACAAUGAUGGCAAAAACAUCUUCUAUGCUGCUCGUACCCCGGCCACACUGUUUGCAGUCAUGUUUGCUAUGUACAUAAUCUCAGGACUGACCGGCUUCAUUGGCCUAAACUCUAUAGCCGUCUUGUGUAACCUUGUCAUGGGGUUAGCACUGACAUCUCUUUGUACUUGGGCAUAUGUAAAAUACUCUGGGGAGUUCAGAGAAAUUGGAACAAUGAUUGAUCAGAUUGCUGAAACACUAUGGGAACAGGUAUUGAAGCCCCUGGGUGAUAAUUUGAUGGAGGAAAACAUAAGGCAGUCUGUCACAAACUCUAUCAAAGCAGGCCUGACUGACCAGGUGUCUCAUCAUGCCAGAUUAAAGACAGACUGACAGUUCAUCUCCUCAUGGACUCCACUCUCCCUUUUUUUCAUGCUUGCUGUACAAUGAGAACUCAAAUAAAAAUAAACCAAAGUUUACAAUCAACUGUAGAAGUAGUUUAGUAUAACUGGCUUCACAGAUGGCUGCCACAGAGUGUGAAAAUUGUUUGUUGGUUUUAAGCAUUCUGUUCUUGGCUCCUAAGACAUGGAGAUUGGCUGAGGAGCAUUAGUUUAUCAUGCACAUUUGUGCCAUGUUUCUUUCUUUCUUUCUUUCUUUCUUCCUUUCUUUUUUUUUUUUUUUCCUUUUUACUUAAUCUAAUGUUAAUGAAAUUUGUCUUAUGUAAAAGGAUAUUUCAGGGAAAUAUUUUAAGAAAUCUAUUUAGAGUCUCUUUAACACCAGUGUCCCAUUGAAAUUUUAAUUUCUAGUGAAGUUAUGAAUCACUGUAUCAAGAAUCAGAUCGGAAUGACAAUGAAGCCUUUAUUGAGCCACUACAUUAAAAGUAUAUAUUGCUUUACUGCCUUCAAUACCAGUAUUACAUAAAUGCAUGUGUCAGAAGUCUCACAGAAAUUACAUGACAACUCUUGUAGCUAAGAAAGUGAUUCUGAGGUGUACAUUUGUCUUGCCUUUUUAAAUUUAUAAACCUGCCCUAAAAGGAGAUGCAUAUCUGGGAAACUGAACUGUCUUUAUUCAGUUUAGCCUUCGUGUACAUAAAAUAUGCCAUUAAUUUUAUUGGGGGAGAAAUUCCAUCCAAAAAUGUUGCCUACAGCUAUGAGUUCAGAGUGUCUGUACAGUGUGUAGCUUUUAUUUUCUAAAACCACAGAUAGGGCAUGUAUAUGAAUUAUAAAUAUAUAAAUACGAUUUUGUAUUAAAAGUUUUGUAGUUUAUGGCAAAAUCUGGUUCUGUGGUAGGCUAAGUGCAGUCCCUGUGAAGGAAUGUUUGUGGCUCAUGUCAGUGUGUGAAUGCAUAGACAAUUUGAAGUUUUUGAUAUAUUUGUGAUAUUUAUCUUCCUUGAGCACUGCAGUCUCCCCCCCCUCCCCCCCCAAGGGAAUUCAAUGGGAAUGUUUAUCGUGACUUUGUCCUCUGUUGCAUUUUAAAGUUAUUUCCUGUAAUUUAUUUUCAGUACAUAAUUAAAAAUUUGUUGUAUAUAUAAAAUGAAACUUGUGAUUCUUUUUUAAGGAAUCCUUCAAGUAUGUAUUCCAUUACAUAAACCAUAUUUAUUUAUACUGAAAAGAGCAUGAGCAGGAAACACCCAAGUGAGAGCUCUAAGGUAUUGUACCCAAAGCUAAGCUUGUAAAACUCACUUUUCUUUGUCUGUCUCUGUUAGGGAAAACUGAACUGUGAUUAGCCUAGGUGUAGCUGGGGAUUUGUUCAUUUCUUUUCUCCCUCUUUCUCUCUCUCUCCCUUUCUCUUUCUCUCUUUCUUUCUUUUUCUUUCUUUCUUUCUUUCUUUCUUUCUUUCUUUCUUUCUUUCCUUCUUUCCUUCCUUCCUUCCUUCCUUCCUUUUCUUUUUCUUUCUUUCUCUUUCUUUCCUUCCUUCCUUCCUUCCUUCCUUCCUUCCUUCCUUCCUUCCUUUCUUUUCUUUCUUGUUACAUGUAAGGCUAACAUUUUUGCAAUUCUUUUGUAGCCUUCUUUAUAAACACCUAUUAAAGUACCUAUUUUGGUUGUUAAGUGAAGAAAAUUCAGAUGUUGAGUUGCAUGCCUGAAAGCUCUAAAUUUACUUUGGUUGAUAUAUCUCCCUCCACCCCCCCUUUUCAAAUCCUGAUUUUAUAUGGCUUGUAUUUGUUUCCAUCUGUAUUAAAUUGCUACUGACUCAUCUGUUCUUCUUAAAACAUAAUGAAUCCACCUGAAAAGUCUUUUUAUUUCUUCUAACAUCCUGUUUUAUGAAUGCUGUGGACUGUUUUUAUGAAUGAAAAAAAAUAAAAGGUUUGUUGUAUAAUA